GACAUCCAUCCUACAUAUGCGCUGGUGCGUGCUGGCUAUCUAUCCCCUACUCCAACAGAGCCCCAAAUUGCGAUCUCCCUGCGAUCGCUCGAACUGUUAUACUCUCUUUUCCGAGCAGCGCCCGCUUUCAGUAUUCAACAUUUUACCCGGGUGGUUUCUGACAUACACAAGAUGGUAUAUCAGCCCUACUUAAGAACCCAAAUCUCACUUGCUUUCGAUAUCUUCUAUCGGAUAUUCUUCCACCUGGAUAAACUCGUCAAACAAGCUGUAGGUCAGGUGGGGCCCAAUUAUCGUCUCAAAAAUUCCUGCCCUGCUUGUCACUGUAAGGUUGAAGAUGAGCCCGAACGCCCCAUUCAGCUCAUUGUCACAGCUGAUGGGAAUACCUCCCUCUCAAGGCUGCGCCACAAUUUUGCCACUGAUGCCCGAGUCUUUCCCAGUGACUACUUCAUUCCCCGAGAACAGGUCAAUAAUUUUGCUGACACUCGAAAACAUUCACAACGUGGUAGCCAGUCGUCAUUUAUAUCUGACAGCUGCCUAGCAUGGAAGAAUGCUCAGCCAAUGCCCUUGAAGUCGAAGUCGGGUGCCAUGCAACUCAUGGAUGAGACAGGACUUUUCUCUGUCGUUUGCCGACAUGGUAUCGUCCAAUUCCUUAUCGACAUGGUCCAGAGUGGGGAGUUAGCCAAAUAUCCAAUCGCUGCCGCUGAUCAACUCAUACGGACAUUCAGCCACAACAUUCUAUUUGCAUACGAUAUUGGCUGCACAUUUUCAGCUACCCUUUCCAAGUCUUCCAUUGGUGAUAUGGCACGAGAAGCAAAAUUUAGGUGUUGUACUGGUUCUUUCCACGGUGCUGCUCACAACAGACUCUGCCAGCUCGAUUUCCUCAUAGGGCUACAGCAGGGAGCUGGAAUUGAAGAUGGCGAAGGCAACGAACGAGUAUAUUCUGAGAGCAACUCCCUCGCACCGGUAACCCGACAUGCGUCACCAUACUAUCGGCAUCUCCGGAUUCAUAUGCAUUUUGUGAAGUGGGAUGAAACAAAGUAUGAGCGUCUAGGUGACUUCUUAUUGAACAACCACACAACGGCAUGGAGAAUAGUUCAAGAAAGCCUAGAAAUCGUCGAGACAACAAGGCAGAUGGACCCCAACUUUGAACCUGAUGUGCAAUGCCCACAAUGGCUGGAUGAAGAGCGCAACUACAUAUCCUCACUUCAGUUUGAGCCCCAAGAUGAAAAGGCGAAGGUCGUGUAUUUAGAGGCCACAGAGCAUCUUGAGCUUCAUAAACAUAAACAUUCACAAAUUACCUUCAGGGAAACCGUACGCUACUGGAUAGUGCAAAUAGCUGUCCAGGCUAGGCUACCACCCCAACAUGCUGACCAACAUUUGCGAGAGGCAAACGAAGCUGUUGAGAGCGCACGCGCCACUCUGGCAGCGUUGGGGUUAGCUCUACCGGCCAUGUCUCGUACACGACCUUGGGUGCCUGGUUCUCCUGAGCGGCUUGAAGCAAUCGCUCUGCACCAGCAGAGGGAUUAUAAUCACCUCCUUGAUGAUCUCGAGCAUCAUGCAAUAUCGCAUCAGUUUGAAGUUGAGAAGAUGGGACUUCCAAGGACAGAUUACAAGGCUCGCCAGCAAAUCCUAUCUUUAGUGGCGAAGCAGGGCAAGACACUUAACUCGACACUAGAGAAAUACAACAAUCUUGCGUCCACCAUGGAUCCCCUGAAGCCGAGACUCAGUUGGGAGGAUGUAACCAGCCUCGAGUUCAUAUCAGAUAUCGUGAUUUUACGGGGCCGUGACGAUGUACGUGAGAAACCAUGGGCAAAGCCCCUUCUCCGCAAGGCCACCCGAGCUUGGCAUAAGCUUCAACGAGCCCGUGAAGAGAUUGACACUGUCAGACUUGAAGCUCGUCGGGUAUGGACCUCGAUGGAAAAUGAGGAGGCUUGGCUGCGAGGUGCCAUUGAGAACACUCGAUCGACCAAUCCCGCUCUGGCAAGAUAUAUUUCCGCUACUUCCCAAUACUGCCUCAACGUCAAUGUGCACCUACGUUCCAAACUCGCCCAGCUGGAUAAGCUCGCACAUUUUUUAACUGGUGAUGGGGAAGGGACAACGAGCGGA